AUGAAAGCUAUGGACGGAAACGAGGUAACAAACUCCAUAAGAGAGGUUAGAAGUACUAGAGGAGGAAAAUUGCUGAUAACCAUGGAUAAGAACCAAAGGGCCUUGGAAGAGGUUAAAGAUGCACUAAUAAAAGAGGGGGAGAUGAAGAUAACCAGCCUAGGCGGAGAGACCGGAAUGGAGAGCAUAUAUAUUAGGGGAAUGCUCUGCGACACCACAAAAGAUGAGAUAGUGGACGCUAUGAGGACAGUAGUAGAAGCCUGGGAAGAGAACUGGGGGAUAAGUGAAACCAGACCGACAGGAAACAAUACAGUAACAGCCACUUUGAAGCCGCCAAAAAAGAUAGCAGAGGCAGUAGUAACCCAGGGAUUCAUAAAGAAUGGAGGGCCACAAAUUGGGCUCCAUGGGGUGCCCUGCUUUCANGAGAGGUGGAAGUGGGCGAAGGUCAUUCUCAUACCCAAGGGGAAUAAUCCGCACGAGCAACUGAAAGUUAGGCCGAUAUGCCUCAUCGAUUGUAUAGGCAAGCUAUAUGAAUACCUACUGAAAGACAGGCUAGAACUAGAACUUACAGAACUCGAUGGCAUAUCACCGACACAAUUCGGUUUUAGAGCUAACAGAUCCACAGUACAAGCAAUAAAACAUGUACUCAAACUUGCGAGUGGAGGAGUUCCCACUUGGGGGGCAAUCAUCUUUGUAGAUGUGAAGAAUGCCUUCAAUACCGCAAAAUGGGGAAAGAUUAUAGACAAGCUCCAGGAAAUCGGGAUCAGCGGCUAUUUGACAAAGGUUGUGGUAAAUUACCUCAGUCAUAGAACACUUAAAUGCGGAAAUUAUAUACAGGAAAUGACGCAGGGGGUACCGCAAGGUUCCAUAAUAGGACCGACAUUAUGGAACAUAAUGGAACUCAUUUUUAAUGAGAACACAAGAAGGGCAUGCGAAAAAGCGGACAGACAUACAACUGCUCUGUCCAAGCUCCUACCAAACAUGAAAGGGCCAAGAACGCAAAAGAGACGCUUGAUAUAUGGGGUAGUACAAUCUGUCAUUCUGUAUGCAGCACCGGUGUGGAAAAGCGUUAUGAGAGUUGACACCUAUAAAAGGAUGGUAACGGCAUCUCAGAGAAAAAUUCUACUGAGAGUGACGUCAGCCUACAGGACAGUAUCAGCAGAAGCCCUCUGCGUGAUUGCUGGAAUACCCCCCAUUGACCUCCUGGUGAACGAAAGAGGACGAUUGGAUGAGACUGGAGCCGCUGUCACAACUACUAUAAAAGAAAAGGAAAGACUCAAAACUUUAGAAGCAUGGAAGGGAAAAUGGGAGGGAAACGAAGAAAAAGCCCAAUGGACAAAGAGGUUGAUCCCAAACAUCUUAGUGUGGUUGAAGUGCCCCCACAAACAAACGGAUUACUUCCUUACCCAGUUCCUAACGGGUCAUGGAUCCUUCAGAAUGUACACCAAUAGGAUAGGCAAAACAACUGACAACCUCUGUAUCUACUGCAAGAAUAUAGACGAUGUAGAACACACCAUUUUCAAAUGCACCAGAUGGAUGAGGGAGAGAUACACCUACGAAGUGGAGUCGGGGAGGGACAUGACUCCGGACAACUUGAUAGAGGAUAUGUUAACAUCAAGAGAGAAAUGGGAAAAGGCCGUAAAAUAUGUUAGAAGUGUCGUCAAACAAAAGGAGGCAGAGGAGAGGAUGCACCAGUCCGAGGAAAGAGAAUAG